UGGAGGGGCGGGGAGAAGGUGGAGAUCCGGAUCCGGAGCGGCUGAAAGGCGGAAGUGGAGGCCGGAGCCUGGGACACCGCCGGGGGGAAGAAAAGCGGAGCCUGCCCGAGACCCGGCCCCAAGAAACGCCGCCGCCCCGGAGCCGCCUUGGAGGUCCCCCUCCCCACUAAGUGCCUCUUUGCAUAGCACCGGCCCCGCCCCCACGCUCUCUGGUACCUCUACAGCUGGACGGGCAAUGGCGGGUCGGGGAGGCGCAGCACGACCCAACGGACCAGCUGCUGGGAACAAGAUCUGUCAGUUUAAGCUGGUUCUGCUGGGGGAGUCUGCGGUGGGCAAAUCCAGCCUCGUCCUCCGCUUCGUCAAGGGACAAUUCCAUGAGUACCAGGAGAGCACAAUUGGAGCGGCCUUCCUCACACAGACUGUCUGCUUGGACGACACAACGGUCAAGUUUGAGAUCUGGGACACAGCUGGACAGGAGCGGUAUCACAGCCUGGCCCCCAUGUACUACCGGGGGGCCCAAGCUGCCAUCGUGGUCUAUGACAUCACCAACACAGAUACAUUUGCACGGGCCAAGAACUGGGUGAAGGAGUUACAGCGGCAGGCCAGCCCCAACAUCGUCAUUGCGCUCGCGGGUAACAAGGCGGACCUGGCCACCAAGAGAGCUGUGGAAUUCCAGGAAGCGCAAGCCUAUGCAGACGACAACAGUUUGCUGUUCAUGGAGACAUCAGCAAAGACUGCAAUGAAUGUGAAUGAAAUUUUCAUGGCAAUAGCUAAGAAGCUUCCCAAGAAUGAGCCCCAGAAUGCAGCUGGUGCUCCAGGCCGGAACCGAGGAGUGGACCUCCAGGAGAACAACCCAGCCAGCCGGAGCCAGUGCUGCAGCAACUGAACCCCCUCGCCUGCCCACUGCUCCCGCCUCCUCCGCCUGAAUGACCCGACUGGAAUCCACUCUAACCAAUCGCACUUAACGACGACUCGGGCCACCACUGGGGGGGCAGAGGGAGGGGUCCACCAUGAUUUCUCCAUAUAAUUUUGAUCAUAGGCCGGAGUGAGUUAUUCCACCUGCACCUUUCUGUACAAAUACUAAUUCAAUUUUAAGUCUUAAGUCACUUUUUUAAUAUAUAUGAUCUUCUGCUCUUCCCACUUCUUCCCCUUUCUACUGCUCCCCCACUUUUCCUUUGCUGGUAGUAGCCACAUGCUCAUGUUCCCCCCACCCUUGUAUAUGGGGGCAGGGGAUGGAGCAGUUACCCUUCCUUUUCCCUCUUGCUGAAUGGCAGACUCAGCAGGAGCACUGGCAUCCUCACCUAGUUUGGAGUGGUCUUGGUUUUGGGCAGUGGGCAGGCCUUGGGGCUGGGGAAGGGAUAGGCAGCUCUUCUCUCAGCUGGCCGUCACCAGGCUGCUGUCCCCUCCCCACCCCUGACUCCCAGCUGGGAGAGAAGCCACAGCAUCACCACAGCAUUAUUGUGACAGCCACAAACCCAUUGCCCACAAUCCCUCCACCCUCGGUCACCCUGACCUCUGGCUCUGAGCCCUGUUCUGACCAAAUCACGAUGAUAUGAGUAUUGGGGGGGGUGGGGAAGGGGGGAGUGGGAGGGGAUGGAACCAACUUUUUCUGUAUUUUGUAUUGUAUGUUUUCUUCAACAUGUAACCAAUCAGUAUCUUGUCAAUAUAGUCAGCCGAUCAAUCGACCUCA